UGGUAUUUAUUUAUUAGUUGAAGAAAAGGAGGCGGUGGGUGCUUUUUGUUUGCUUUCAAAAAAAAAUUAGGUCUCGUUCUUCUCUCUCGUUCUGAAUCAACAAUAAUUCGAAAUAAUAAUUAUUAAUUAACUAGAGAAGCUCUGGAUCGUAUUUCCGUCAUACGCGACGGUUCAUAUGCCGGUUGGCUUUCAGGUUGUGCCGGACUUGGUUCUGAACAGCUUUGUUUUCUCUUAUAAGAUAUGGAGAGAGUUUGCUUCUGGUCAAAGUGCGUCCAGUAUCGAGUUUUUUCAUUCCAAGAAGUGCUCGAUUGGAGGUUUCUCGUCCUUGGAGACUUUCUCUUGGUGUCCUUUGUUAAUUGCACUUAGUUGUCCGUUUCUCAUUGAUGAUCAGAACAGGAGGCGUGAUGCAAAUCUUUUCUGAGAUAGGUGUUGGAUCCUUAGUGCACUUGUUCAAUGCAUCGCUGAUACAACAUCCCGGUGAAGUUUUUGUGAACACGUCUUCCGGGGGUUGAAGUCUGUGAGGAAUCAAUUGAAAGCUGCUUAGUUAGUUAAUUAUAGAUAAGCUGUUACUUUCAAUAUCGGCAGGCUACAGUCCUUUGCUGUCAUUUUGUUGUUACUGCUGAUGGGUUCUGGUUUAGAGUGUCAACAUAUCAGUUCACCAAACAAUCUCUAUAUAGCAUAAAUGAGGUAGUUUUAAUUGUGUUUUUGAACCCUUGGGUGACUGUCUUAAGCUUACGGAUCCUUCCUGUCAUCUAUAACAACCAGUAUGGUUGGUUCCCACAUCCUUGUUAGUCGUCAAAUAUGUUUUUCAGACCAUGUUCUUUCCUGCCUUCCAUGUUUUCAUACUAUUUUGAAAUGUUGGGUCUAGCAAUGAAUAAGCCUGUGGAGUCCAUCUUUCAGAAUCACUCUGGUUUUGUUCUCUCAAUUACCUUCACAGAAAAUUAACUGGAGAGAGCUGGACGAAGGCACUCUUUAAUAAUUUUACUAGGGUUCACCUACCAUAGAUGUCAUAUAGUAUUUUUGGGUCUUUUACAUUUCGUGAAUAAAGAGCAAGCUUCUUUGUGUACGAGAAGAAGAAUGGAGAGGUAUAAGUUAAUCAAGGAAGUUGGUGAUGGUACGUUUGGGAGCGUCUGGCGAGGAAUUCAUAAGCAGUCCGGUGAAGUUGUUGCAAUUAAAAAGAUGAAGAAAAAGUAUUACUCAUGGGAAGAGUGUGUGAAUUUGAGAGAAGUCAAGUCAUUACGGAGAAUGAAUCAUCCCAAUAUUGUGAAACUCAAGGAAGUCAUACGAGAAAAUGACAUACUGUAUUUUGUCUUCGAGUACAUGGAAUGCAACCUCUAUCAACUUAUUAAAGACAAAGAAAAAAAAUUCCCUGAAGCUGAAGUCAGGAAUUGGUGUUUUCAAGUAUUUCAAGGUCUUGCUUACAUGCACCAGCGAGGAUAUUUCCAUCGUGACCUGAAGCCAGAGAACUUGUUAGUUUCAAAAGAUGUAAUCAAAAUUGCUGAUUUUGGUCUUGCUCGAGAAAUCAACUCUCAACCACCAUACACGGAGUAUGUUUCGACGCGAUGGUAUAGGGCCCCCGAGGUGCUUCUUCAAUCAUACCUAUAUAGUUCUAAAGUUGAUAUGUGGGCAAUGGGUGCUAUUAUGGCAGAGUUAAUUUCUCUUCGUCCUCUUUUUCCUGGUGCAAGUGAAGUAGAUGAGAUCUACAAAAUAUGCAACAUAAUAGGGAGUCCGACAGAGGAAUCAUGGGCGGAUGGACUUAAUCUUGCAAAGGCUAUUAAAUAUCAAUUUCCACAGUUUGGCGGUGUCCAUCUUUCUGCUAUCAUACCUUCAGCAAGUGAGGAUGCUUUGAACCUUAUCAAGUUGCUUUGUUCUUGGGAUCCAUGCAAGAGGCCUAAUGCUGGCGAGGCGCUUCAGCAUCCUUUCUUCCAGAGUUGCUUCUAUAUUCCACCAACUCUUCGUUCCAGAGUACCUGUUUCUAGAACCCCUCCAUCUGCUGGAGUAAAGGGGACCUUGGAGCAGCAAUAUGCUAGGAGGCCUUCGGGGUCAUUGACUAAUUCAAAAGUGACUUGCAGCUUUACUUCUACAAAGUUAAAUGCUCCCUUGACCUCAGGUGUGCAGCGUAAACUGGACAUGGUCAAUCAGGAUGCAAGCAAGAAUGAUAAAUCAUAUAAGAGUGCUACCAAACAACAGAAAUAUCGACCACCCGGAAGGAAGAGCCCGCCUGCCACUAAUAUCAUAAACAAGGGUAGAUCUGGGCGUGGGGUGUCUGAUGCAGCUGAUAAGUUCUCGAGCAUGACGAUUGGUUCUCAAAGGCAGAGUGGGUUGCAGGCGAGGCCGCUCCCUAUGAAAGCCGGUGUGCAGUGGCCUGCUGAAUCUGGGGCCAUGUUUCUCAGACCAAAUCAUCAAUUCCAGCCUGGCAGAACUUGUACAAGGAAAGUUGCAGGAUGACUUUAAGGUGCUGUUUAAGCAUAUGCUGACAUAGUGUUGGUAUAAAUGUUUUGAGUGGAGGUGUCGGUAGUAUAAUGCGUUUGAAGGUCGUUUUGUUGGUGUGGUGUGUUCUAUUCAAAGUGUGUUUUUAUUUUAGCAUAUUUACAUGGGCUACUGUUUUAUUGGUAUCGGCUUUUCUUAAUAAUUAAACAAGGUGUUUUUGCCUUUUGGAUAAUGAAUAAAUGCUUUUGUUUUUUAAA